CUCGGCCUCGGGCUGACUGCAGUGUCGGCGUGAGAGCGGUCGGGGCGGCUGGCUCGUUCAAGAUGAGGCUUCUGCUGCUUCUCCUGAUGGCGGCGUCGGCGGUGGCCCGGAGCGAGGCCUCGGCCAACCUGGGCGGCAUGCCCAGCAAGAGAUUAAAGAUGCAGUACGCCACGGGGCCGCUGCUGAAAUUCCAGAUUUGCGUCUCCUGAGGUUAUAGGCGGGUGUUCGAGGAGUACAUGCGGGUUAUUAGCCAGCGGUACCCAGACAUCCGCAUUGAAGGAGAGAAUUACCUCCCCCAGCCAAUAUAUAGACACAUAGCAUCUUUCCUGUCAGUCUUCAAACUAGUAUUAAUAGGCCUAAUAAUUGUUGGCAAGGAUCCUUUUGCUUUCUUUGGCAUGCAAGCUCCUAGCAUCUGGCAGUGGGGCCAAGAAAAUAAGGUCUAUGCGUGCAUGAUGGUUUUCUUCUUGAGCAACAUGAUUGAGAACCAGUGUAUGUCAACGGGUGCAUUUGAGAUAACCUUGAAUGAUGUCCCCGUGUGGUCUAAGCUGGAAUCUGGUCACCUUCCAUCCAUGCAACAGCUUGUUCAAAUUCUUGACAAUGAAAUGAAGCUUAAUGUGCAUAUGGAUUCUAUCCCACACCAUCGAUCAUAGCCCCACCUUUCAGCACUGGAAACUCUUUUACAUUAAGGGAUUUUUUCAAGAGCAGCGUGACUGACAUUAUGAAGGCCUGUACUGAAGACAGCGAGCUGUUAGUACAGACCAGAUGCUUUUUUGGCAGGCGCGUUGUACCUCUUGGAAAACCUCAGUGCAAGACGGUUUGUCAGUGCUGGCACAUCUUGGAGUUCUGCACGUCCGUGGAGUGCAAUAAUACUGUACAGCUUCCUUUUUUAUUUUAAUUCAGCCAGUUCAUAGUUUAAAAAGUAAACAUUACUACUCGUAACUUUUUCUUUUGGUCGUAUUUGAAAAAGUAGGAAAUUGAGUUAUUGUUUGAUUUUUUUCCCCCCCAAAGAUGUCUGUUAAAUCUGUUGUGAUUUUGUAUGAAUUUUUCCUUUUUGUAGUUUAAACUAGAUCUCUUUGGGGAUAGAGCUGUAGUUCCCAAAUACUUUAUAAGAGCUUUAUCAGACAUCUCUAAUUUGGUCGUGUCCAAUCUAUAAAGAUUUCAAAAUACUGCAGAUCGUGAACAGUGCAUUAUACAAGAUUACGGAGGGAAAUCCUAUAUCCAGAGUACUCUAUCAGUUUGUGUGUAUGUGUGUAUGUGUGAUUACCAGAGAACUACUAAAAGACCAAUUGCUUUUUAAACCUUAUUGUGUAGUUCAAGUGUCUUGCCUUGACCAGUCUAAUGAGUUGAUUAACUGGGCCUUUAUACUUAACUAAAUAAAAAACCAAGCAGAUACAAGUUAAAUAAAAA